AUGGCGUCUAUUAUAGAAUCCGUGAUCACGUGGGGUUUUGCUUGUUUUUACGGUUCUUUGGUUGCUAUUAGAACUUUAUUUCGAAUUAUCAUACAUCCCGUAAAUUCGUUGACUGUGAAAAGAAGGGAUACAGCGCCGAAGUGUCUGAAUGACCCAAGUCUCGGUGACCACAGGUACCUCCGUACAAAGGAGCUAAAAAUCCACUAUGUUGCCAAUGGUGAUACAAAUAAACCACUGAUGCUAUUGGUCCAUGGCUUCCCAGAAUUCUGGUAUUCCUGGAGAUACCAAAUGAAGGAAUUUUCAAAUGAUUAUAGAGUCGUUGCCAUAGAUAUGAGAGGAUAUGGAGAUUCUGACAAACCUUCGGGUAUAGCACCAUACACCAUAGAUUAUCUUACAGGUGAUCUGAGGGAUGCCAUCCCAGCUUUGGGCUACAGUUCCUGCGUACUGGUAGCUCACGAUUGGGGGGCGGCAGUCGCCUGGCAGUUUGCUAUGGAGUAUCCUGUUCUGGUCGAUAAACUGAUUAUCAUGAACGGUCCACACCCUAAAAGAAUGCAGAAGCUUAUACAAUCAAGUCGGAAGCAGUUCUUUAUGUCUUGGUACAUGUUCUUCUUUCAGCUUCCGUAUCUUCCCGAGUUCGUUCUGAGCAUGUCUGAUUAUAACGGAAUUAAAGCUAUGUUUCAUGGACGUGGUGUGGGACUCCGAAAUAGAGAUAAUAUCACUGCAGAUGAUUUGGAAGCAUUCAAGCACAAUUGCCAACGAGAAGGUGCUUUAACGGCAAUGAUCAACUACUAUCGAGCUGCACUCCGCUACACUCCAAAGUUGAAAUCGGCCGUUAUAACCUCACCAACUCUGUUGAUCUGGGGUGAGGAAGACACAGCUUUGGAUAUUGCUUUGACUGAAGGUUUGGAAAAGUAUGUGCAUGAUAUCAACGUGAAACUAAUACCAGGCGCAAGUCACUGGGUUCAACAAGACCAGCCUGAGCUUGUUAAUGAGGCAAUGUAUGACUUUCUGCAAGGGUAA